CCUCCCCCUCUCGCAGCCUCUCAGUGCGUCGGGCUGAGGCAGACGGAGCACCGUGGGCUCCACACCACAGUUCGGGAUCACAGGACCUCCGGGGCGGCAGAGAGUCCCCGGUACGACCGCUUGCAGCCCGCCGCUCCAUGGAGAUCACCACCGACCUCGACGACACACCGUCUUUUGUUUAGCCCGAGCGGUGCGGGUGCGCGCGCGCGUGCGUGCGUGUGUGUGUGUGUGUGGAGGGGAAAAGUCUGCAAGAUCACUUUCCUUGCUCCGCUGAGGUGAGCCGAGCGUAAAAGGAUUUUUUUUUUGUUCUUCCUCCUUUUUGUCCGCUUCUUCUCUUCUGCCUCUCGCAGCCCAGUGCUCGAUUAUUAUUAUUAUUUUUUUUAUUUUUUAAUUUGACUCUUUUUUUCCCCCCUUCCCUUGGAGAUCUGCCGUUUCCCCGAGUGUACCUGCUCGCCCAGCACCCAUGAAUUCGGACAAAAAUGUGUACCUCGGCAGGGACAAAGGCAUCAUGCGGAAGAGAGCCCUGCUCCUGCGGAAAGGCUGCAGCUUCGAGAUCACCAGCUCUGCCUCGGAGGACCUGGGCUGCAGGCGUGGAGACUUCAGCAGGAAACACUAUGGGUCGGUCGAGCUGCUGAUUUCCAGUGACGCAGAUGGGGCUAUUCAGAGGGCAGGACGCUUCAGGGUGGAGAAUGGCUCAUCAGAUGAGACUACGGACUACACUCCAGGAACCUGGAGGAGAACCGAUGUCCAUCUGGAGAAUCCAGAGUACCACACCAGAUGGUUCUUUAAAUACUUCCUGGGAAAAGUCCACCAGAACUACGUGGGUACAGAUGCAGAGAAGAAUCCCUUCUACCUGUCGGUCGUCCUCUCGGACCAGAACAACCAGCGGGUUCCUCAGUACAGAGCCAUCCUCUGGAGAAAGAUGGGCACUCUGAAGAUCAGCCUCCCGUACAGCCCGACCAAAACACUAUCAGUCAAGUCCAUCCUCAGUGCGAUGAACAUGGACAGGUUUGAGAAAGGCCCCAGGGAGAUCCUCAACCCGGAGAUUCAGAAGGACCUGCUGGUGUUGGAGGAACAGGAGGGUUCUGUCAACUUCAAAUUUGGCGUCCUGUUCGCCAAAGACGGACAGCUCACGGAUGACGAGAUGUUUAGCAAUGAGACGGGAAGUGAGAGCUUUGAUAAGUUUCUCACUCUGCUGGGGGAUUCCAUAACGCUGCAGGGAUGGGCAGGAUACCGCGGAGGGCUCGACACCAAGAACGACACUACAGGAAUUAAGUCCAUCUACACAGUGUAUCAGGGCCAUGAGCUCAUGUUCCAUGUGUCCACCAUGUUACCCUACUCCAAAGAGAACAAACAGCAGGUGGAAAGAAAGAGGCACAUUGGAAAUGACAUUGUUACCAUAGUAUUCCAGGAAGGGGAUGACGCAUCGUCAUCCUUCAAACCGUCAAUGAUCCGAUCGCACUUCACCCAUAUUUUUGCAUUAGUUAGGUAUAAUAGCCAGAAUGACAGUUACAGGUUGAAGAUUUUCUCAGAGGAGAGCGUUCCGCUGUUUGGACCCCCUCUCCCGUCUCCACCUGUGUUUACUGAUCACCAAGAAUUCAGGGACUUUUUAUUAGUCAAAUUAAUCAAUGGAGAGAAAGCCACACUGGAGACGCCAACGUUUGCCCAGAAGCGCCAGCGGACCCUUGACAUGUUGAUCCGCUCGCUCUACCAAGACCUCAUGCCCGACCUGCACAAGGUUCCUUUUUCUCCCCAGAACAUGUUAAACCGACGGUCGUUCAGCGACGUGCUGCCCGAGUCUCCGAAAUCGGCACGCAAGAAGGAGGAGGCACGGCAGGCUGAGUUUGUCAGAAUAGGGCAGGCUCUGAAGCUGAAGACCAUCGUGAGAGGAGACGCCCCGACGAGUCUCGUCACCACAGGCCUGUGCAGGAAAGAGCCAUGGGAGUCCCAGUCGUUCUGCAGCACAUUCCCCUAUGAGAUCGUGUGUGCUGACUCGUGGGGUCAGUCGCUGCUGCUUGCCACCGACACAGCGGGGGUCAUGCUGCUGGACGGCUCCGAUCCAGCUUCGUCCAACGCUGAGAUGCAGGCUCUGCCUCCAGUGCAGGUGUUUGACAAAACCAUGGUGGUGAAGCAGAUGCACGUUCUCGAGCCUCAGGACCUGCUUAUCACCCGGGCCGACAAAGGGAAGGACGCUCGGCUCUAUGUGUUCAGACUCGGCGCGCUCAAGAGAGGCCUGGAGGAGAGGCAGCUCGUCAGGGGCAAGUGCGACAGUCGGGAAAAUAAACUGGAGAAAACAAAAGGCUGUCAUCUGUACUCUAUCAACACCCACCACGGCUCAGAGCUGCGGAUAGUAGCAGCCAUCAGGAACAAACUCCUCCUCAUCACCAGAAAACAGCCACGAUUCGAAGGCGUCAGCGCCAUCGCCGCGGGAGCCGACUCGCCAGUGGAGGAGUUUCAGUACAUACGGGAGAUCUGUCUGUGUGACCCCCCGGUGGUGAUGGCGCUGGUGGACGGGCCGACGGGGGAAAAUGACAAUAUGAUCUGUGUGGCCUACAAACAUCAGUUUGACCUGAUCAAUGAGAGCACAGGAGAUGCCUACCGGCUACAUCACGUAGACGCCAACAGGGUAAAUUUUGUAGCAGCCAUCGAUGUGUAUGAGGACGGGGAGGCGGGUCUGCUGUUGUGUUACAACUAUAUUUGUUAUUACAAGAAAGUUUGUCCGUUUAAUGGCUCCACGCCAAUGAUCCAGUCCAACACCUCCGACUUCCACUUCAGCUGGAACCAGAUGCCCAAUGCAAUCGUUUGUGCGUUUCCUUACAUCCUGGCCUUCACAACGGAUUCCAUCGAGAUCCGGCUGGUGGUCAAUGGCAACCUUGUGUACACAGCGGUGGUCCCUGAGCUACAGUUGGCCGCAUCACGGUCAGACAUCUAUUUUCUUUCGUCGGCUCCGGUCAGCUCAGCCUCCAACUGCAGUUCAAGAGAUACCAGUUCCCAGAGUUCCCCGCAGACGCCCACCGGCUACGAGAUGCCAGUGUUUCCCUCGCCGCUCUGUGAUGAUUCUAUACGGAUCCCCUAUGGUACCAAGCUUUCCCUGUACAUGUCUAAGGAUGCCGAAGGUGAAGCGGCAUGCAAGCACAUCUUCAGGAUCCCCCUGUGUAACUUGGUGGGCCGCAGCAUUGAGAGACCCCUCAAGUCUCCUCUGGUCAACAAGGUGCUGACGGCGCCCGCCCCCGCCAUGGUGCCGUCAACGCCCCUCAUCUCUGCAACGCACUCACUUUCCCUGUCACGCAUGGAGAUCAAGGAGAUAGCCACCCGCACACGGAAGGAGCUUCUAGGCUUGACAGAGGAACCAAGUGGGAAGUCCGACAGUGGAACAGUCAAACAGAGGAAGUUGAGCAAGAAGAACACGGAGGACGAGCCCAAGGCGCGAGCACUGACGUCGACGAACAGUGACAGGUUAGCGUCAGAGUCUUUCGAGGCAGACCUGGACAUCCAGCUGCAUUGUUCGUCCAGUUCGGAGGCCGAGCCGGAGAAGGCGGUGCUGCGGGCGGAGAGCCCGCCUCUCGCCAGCGCGUUUGCCCUCUCUACAUCCUUUGAGGAAGAUGUCCUGGACCUAAAGUGAAGACAAUCCCACCAUGCACUUCUCUGCCCACCCACUCCUGUACUGUCACCGUUAUUUUUAUUGUUUUGUUUGUCUUUAAGUUGUUGAAUCCCUUUGUUCUUGUCAGGUUAUUUUUUAUUUCGUUUAUAUCCCUGUAUCUUGGAUCAUUCAUCAUCGGACAAGAUGGGUGCUGUGGGAGUUAGGAGCCGUCUCUGUGUGCGUGUUUGUUUCCGUGAGCAGUCCCUCCGCCACUGUGUGUUGGGUGUUUGUGUUGCACCGCAGCAAAUAACCCAAAGAGGCGAUGAGGUCGUGUAAGAUGCCGUGGUUUUAUUUUGAGCUCUGCAACAGUUUCGAGACAAUGGUUUGAUCCCAAGCCAGAAACUGAAUGUAAAUCGACACAUCUGCGCUCACAAUGCCCUCUGAAGUUGCUAGAGCUUACUAUGUGUUGUAUAUUAUGUGAUUAUUUCCCACUAUCAAAUGUUGUAUGAUAUGCAUAUGUGUGUGUACAUCUGUUUAUACAUGGAAAUGCAUACACAGUGACAGGCUUGUAUGCUUGUCAUGCCUGUGAUGCAUAUUUAUAGAUAUAUUAUAAAAAUCCAUUUUAUUCCCAUAUUUAGUGAAAGUAUGAUGUUUUAUGCGCUCUGCACAUAUUAGUCCUUAUUCUUCUCCUCAGUCGCAGCACGCAGGUAGACAGGGCUGGAGGCAAAGUCUCCCACAAGUGCCAUUUCCCUUCAUCCCUCACUGAACUACACCUCCAACAGCCACCAUAUUCUGGUGUCUGACAGUAGCAGCCAUGAUUGUAGUCAACAUAGAUUACUGCGAUGACCUUUCAUUUAGGAUAGACAAGUCACCUACCGGAGGAACCCAGAAGAAUUAGGCAACCUUAAAUCUGCGUGACACGCCUUUGCUGCGGGCUUUGUGCUAUAGGCCAAAAUGAGCGUCCUGGAAACCAUGAGGUCUGCGACAUCAUACCCAAAAUAACAACAUAAAACAAACCAAACCUGAGACAACAGAAGUUUGGAAAGAAAAAAAGGGCUUCUUUUACUAGACUGUCAUGUGUUCAUGAGCAAUGGUACAGCAAGGGAAUUGAAGACAAAACCUCAAGUUUUAGCCAAACUGAAGUAAAAAAUAAAGCAUAUUGUCCUUAACUGAAAUGGUAAAAGCAUACAUUUCUCAAAAAAAUUAAAAAUUGAGCCAAUAGUAUCAUGACUACUCACGACACUUAAAUAAAAAUUAAGUACGAGAUAUUUUUAGUUUUUUUUUAUCUUUCUGUGUAUGGCAGGAGCAGAAGGGCAGUGAACUCUGAGGGGGUUCUCAAAUAUUGAAGCAUUAAUAUGGAAAUAAAAAAAACUAUAUAAUAUAUAAUGCACAGAACCAAUUUCAAAGCCAUACAGGAAAACAAACUCUGAAUUUAGAUAGUUGUACCUUCAGGAAAACUUUUCCCAACUAAAAUUAGAAACCAAGAGUAACCAUGAACUAAAUAGCACUAUCACAUUGAAGUAAUAUUUCGAAAAAUAAAAUAACAAACUAUAACUGAGAAGAUGUAAAAUUGAGAGACCGUGUGAAUAUAUGGGUUGAGCAAUUGGCCAAUUCAGCCGAUGCUGGUGAUGCUCCAUUGUUCUCUUAUCAACAUUUGAACCGCCGUGUGUCCUUUGAAAAACAGCAACACGUCUUAAAACCCAACAGACAGACACAUGGUUAAAAUUACUCAUCGAUAAUCAGACUCAUCAUUAAUUAUACUAACGAGUUUUUAGUCAGGACCCGCAACUGGUCAUCCUUCACUCCAAAUCUGUCUAGAAAAGUCCUUGACACUCUUGAAAUUUGAACCUGAUGUGAACUCAAAGGCUUACUCCAGUGAUUUAGUACUGUACUUCCAUAAAAGUUGGAGGAUUUAAGAAGAGACAGUUUAAAGAGAUUACAAGAGCAGCAGCACAGGUAAUGUUCUGGGAUUUACUAUUCAAUGGAUCCUACAUUUUCCAUAAUGCACCUCAACAGUUUUGUUGCCUAGACCCCCUCUACCUUUUCCAUGCCCACUUUUUUUUUCAACCGCAGGCUUUCUGUAAGAAAAAUGUCAUGCUGCGUUCACGCCGCGUUAUAAAUAUCGUUAUCACAGAAAGAGUUUCUGACCAGUAAUAUCAUUCACGUCAACAUCUCGAGUCAUAAUUACAACGAGGAAACUCUCUAAAAGUUUAAAUAUGUCUGACUCGGCAUUUAUUAAUACAUAAGUGCCUGAAAACAUAACAAAUUUGGAUGACUCACAUCGGCCAACUAAUGCUCACAAGUCAUUGACAUUAGAAUCUUUUCCAUCUCUCCCUUCCAAUAUCAAUGCUGCAUUCACACAUUGUUGGCAGAUUUGGGAAAAGAAGGAAUAAACUCCCCAUAUUCUGACUUGGAAGUGGUCACACCUACGAUUCACACAUCUUGUGUAAUGGCUACAAACUAUGGCUCCAGUGAAGUGAAGUGGAUUUUAUUUCAUUGUAAUCAAUUGUCUUUUUCAGUGCAGACUGAGUUGUACUUCUCGUGGUACUUGAGCUGACCUAAUAUGUAAAACCAGUAGAGUUUCCCUUUAAAUUCUAAAAGGAAUUUUAUACAAAAAGCAACACUUUGACAUCACUAAAGCCCCAUUAGUUCAGGUACUUUUGAGGCGUUCUCUGUCUUAGGGCUCGGCCGCCCAGUUGAAAACUAUAACCUGCAUUCACCUCAGUGGCAGAAUAAAACAGCUGCAGUGAUUUGGCCCCUUAUGAGGCUGCAGAGUCUCAGAGGCGUCAGCCUCGAACAAGUUUGCUCUUCAACAUAGACAGCAAAAAGGCUUACCGUUCAAAUCUAUACCAUAAAUCCGCCUCAUCUUCACUGACGCCGUCAAAUGAGUCACGUCGCAUGUGUCAGGUGUGGACGACGAAUCCAACAUGACAAUGUUUUCAGUAAUGAACACUAGACAGUCAAGUAACACACAGGGAAGAAAGCCUGAAGGGCUAACAAAGGGAAACUUGGGAGCAGUGGUUCUGACAAUGUCGGUAUGAGAGCGCCCCCAUGUGGUAGUUCACAACACAGCAGCCUUCAGAAUGUGCAUGAGCCUCCUCUUCCUCCCCCUGCCUGUGUCAGUGGGAACCUCUCCAAAACUAUAACAAAUGCGAAAAACUAAAAAAGGGAAGAAGAAGAAGUGGGUGGGGAGGAGUUUUUACAAAGGAAACUUUACUUAGAGUCUUUAUUGCUCUGGAUGAGUGUGGGGGAUCGGGGGAGCGCUGCUUCUCCCCCUUCCGUUGUUCCUUUUCUUUUUUCCUCUUCCAUUUCCGUCGAGUACUCCUUUGUUUCUACCUCCCCUUGGCAUUUUCACCCAUUUUUGUGUUUGUUUAUUUUCGUUGUGUUUUUUGGGGUUAUUUUUUUGUAUUUGAACCUUUAUUUACUGUUUAGACUGUUGCUGAACCUCUCUGUGAUAUCAAAAUGAAAGAAAAAUUCACAAAAAAAACACCAAGUGUCUUAAAAAUAUUGUACCGCCAUCGUUUUUAAUGCCAAGUACUACUUGUAAAUGUUUGUGUAUCAAAAUGUGGCCUCAAAGGAAACUGAACUAUAUUAUUAUUAUUAUUAUUAUUAUUAUUAUUAUUAUUAUGAUAAUUAUUAUGAUUUGAGCAAUUAUUUUAAACAAGUGCUGUAGACCACUGCUGUGAAAGUAGUUGUUUCUGUUCAUUGAUAUGUAAUAAAUAUUUAUGAAAUUUGAA